AUGCUGAGUAAGAGCGAAGUCAACCUGCAGCUCACUGCAGAAGAGUUAAACGCUCACAGAAUGAAGACCACACCGCCUUUAUUGCUCUAUUUACUGCUUUGUUGUCAAACUACAGAGAGUUUAAGUGAUAAACGGGUGAUUUUAGGUGGAAAUGUGACUUUGGACUGUGAGCUUGAUAACAAAGACAUUUAUUGGGUUUUCAUGAAACCGCCAGAAUCUCUAGCGCUGAUAUUUCGUACUUUUACAGCAGACUCUAUAAAACCUGCAUUUUUUGAUCAAAGACUCAAAAGCAAAUAUUCAUCAAAAACUUUAAGUCGUUUAUUUAUUAGUUAUAUAACAAAAGAUGAAUUAGGAAUAUAUUAUUGUGAAAAAGUAGACACAACAGGUCUACAACUCAGCAAUGGGACUAAACUUUAUACCACUGAAACUGCCCAUCAGAACAUGACAGAGGAGAAUGAUCAACCCCAACACAUGCAGCACAACACAACCACAACACAUUUGGCUCUGACGCUUACAUCCAUCUCACUGAACGUCCUGCUGUUUAUUACAAUAAUAGUUUUGUUAAUGCCGAGAUGUAGGAAACCACGGCACAGUCCAAAACCACAUCAAAAAGUUGACGUACAGCCGUUAGAAGACCUGAGCGCAGCUGAGUAUUCUGAAAUCGAGUUGCCCACGUAUUCCAGAGGGGCUCCGCCCAGCCAGAUCAAUGGAAUAUACGCCCUCCUCGAGAAACCCAAGCCAGACGCCAGACACACAAAAACAUGAGUGUGGGUGGUUCUCGUCUGUAACCGUCACAAGACAAACACAACAAAACUGAAUCAGAUUUAAAUCUUAGUGAAGGUUGUGUUUCCAUUUGCACAAGAUUAUUUGUAUUAUUUAUGAGAUACAGACGCUGUGCAGCCAAUGUUAGAUGUUCAUACCAACGGUGCCUUCUGAGGAACUUUGACUUCAUGUUUUGUUGAUGGGGAUAUGAAGAAAUCACAUGAUAUAAUGUCACACCGUGCUGUUGAUAGUGAGAAAAACAGGUCUAGACGCUGGUCUAGAUAUUCUUCAAAAUUGUACAAAGUUUGUUAUGUGGAUGCAUUGAUAAAAAUGGGCAUGCUUCCCGUUUCUGAUGAAAAACUUCUGCAAAGUGUCAACUAUUUUCAAAAUGACCUGGACAUAAUGACUUGAAAGUAGAUGUUUUUAAUGUGUAAACAAAAAAUUGCUACAACCAGCUAAUGGUAAUAUGCCAUGAUUGAUCAACUGUUGUAUAAAGGAAUAGUUUCCCUAAAUAUAAACAUUCGAUCAUCAUUUAUUCACCCAAAUGUGGUUUAAAACCUGUACAGUACAGUCUAUGACCGGAUUAUUUUGUGUUACACAAAAGAAGAUAUUUUGAGAACUGUCUUUGAGUCCAUACAACGAAGUCAAUGAUGUUUGUUAUACCAACAUUCUUCAAAAUAUCUUCUUUUGU